AUGCUUCUGGUUCUCGCUGGAAUCUUCGUGACCCAAAGGAUUAAACAUAAGAGGCAAAUAAUGUUGAAGCAAAAGUUUUUCAAGCAAAAUCGUGGACAACUGUUGCAACAAUUGGUAUCCCCAAGGGCAGACAUUGCAGAAAGGAUGAUCAUACCUGUAGAUGAACUUGCAAAGGCAACAAAUAACUUUGAUAAAGCUCGUGAGCUUGGUGGUGGAGGGCAUGGUACUGUCUACAAAGGUAUUUUAUCGGAUCUACACGUUGUUGCCAUCAAGAAGUCAAAGGUAGCUGUUCAGAAGGAGAUAGAUGAGUUCAUAAAUGAGGUGGCCAUCCUCUCACAAAUUAAUCACAGGAACGUAGUGAAACUUCUUGGAUGUUGCCUAGAGACGAAGGUUCCAUUGUUGGUUUACGAAUUUAUUUCAAAUGGAACGCUCUAUGACCAUCUCCAUGUUGAAGGGCCAAAGUCCCUUUCUUGGGUCACUAGGUUGAGGAUUGCAACUGAAACUGCAAGUGCUCUUGCCUAUCUUCAUUCAUCAGUUUCAAUUCCAAUUAUCCAUAGAGAUAUCAAGUCUAGUAACAUACUUUUGGAAGAAACUAUGACAUCCAAGGUGUCCGACUUCGGAGCUUCAAGAUACAUUCCAAUGGAUAAAACAGGACUAACAACAAUGGUGCAAGGAACAAUUGGAUACUUGGACCCUAUGUACUUCUACACAGGACGCCUUACAGAGAAAAGUGAUGUGUAUAGCUUUGGUGUCAUUCUUGUGGAACUACUAACAAGGAAGAAACCAUUUUCGUAUUUUUUCCAUGAUGGAGAUGGCCUUGUUUCCCAUUUUGUCAACUUGCUUGCUACAGAAAAUCUGGCCGAAAUACUAGAUCCUCAAGUCAUUCAUGAGGGAGGCAAAGAAGUACAUGAGGUCUCCAUACUUGCAGCAUCAUGUAUAAAGUUAAAUGCCGAGGACCGGCCCACAAUGCGACAGGUGGAACAUGCACUCGAAGGUCUUGUAUCCAAGAAGUAUGUCCAAACUGAUAUGAAUGUAGGGACAAAUGAAGAGAAUGACAUUGUUAUGAUGAAUUGCUCAUCGAAAAUGGAAAGACGAAGCACGCAAGAGUGGAGCAGAAGAUAUAGCAUGGAAGAAGAAAUCUUGAUGUCUGCAAGGUAUCCUCGGUAG